CCAACAAAAGUCCAGGGACAGUUUGGGGAAAUCAAUCCUCCCAUCUAUCUCCGUGUCCGCGUGGCCGCCGACAGUGACGCGUCUUCCUCCUCCUCCUCCUCCUCCUUCCCACACGCCAUUUUUUCCUGACGUUAGAUAUAUAGGACGAAAGGACCGAACACAGAGAAAGCCAAAGCGACUCAGGCUUCCGACGUCACACGACGAUGUCUUCCCGUUUUGCCCCUCACAAGUCUCCCAAUUUCCGGUUCCACCUCCUCCGCUCUCUCGUCGGCGCUAACCACACCUCCGCCCGGUUCUGCUCUCGUUAAAACCACCCUCUCUGCUUCUCUGCCCUUAAUUUCUCUUUUCUUCAAAUAGCUACGCUGAUCAAUAUGGAAACUAGUAAACCCAACUUACUUAGAAAUGUUUUGGUCCGGCUGUUCCUACUCUCUCUGCUUGUCAUCGCCGUCCGAUUUGCGUACCUCGUCGCCAUCCGUGGGGAAUCAUGCGACCUCGGCGACUUCUGCUUCUUCUCGUCGCCGGAAAAUCUCAACCUUGUCGUCAGAAAAUAUGAUUUCCGCUCCUCGGCUAUGAUCGUCGACGAUGCCGUCCUCUCGGCUCCCGCCAAACUCGACGGCCGUGGCAGGGCCGUGCUGUUCUAUUCAUCGGUCUUUCAGGAUCUGAUUGCGGAGGGGUAUUUGUCGGUUGAUUCGAGGGCGCUCUGCAUUGGAACGCCGAGCGCGGAGGAGGUUUCGGGUUUGAAAGAGAUCGGCGUUAAGGACGCGACCGGGAUUUACAAGAAGCCAGCUCGACAGCCCUUCGAUGACAACACGUUCGACUUCAUAUUCUCUGGCGUCGGCCAGCUCGAUAACUCGCCUUCGCCGGCCGAAUUCGCCGCCGAGGUCUCGAGGACGCUAAGGCCCGAAGGGUUUCUGGUUGUCCACACAGCUUCGAAAGAUACGUAUAGCUUCAAUUCGUUUAUUGAUUUAUUCAAUUGCUGUAAAUUCGUACGCACUCGUGAAAUCGAAGGCUUUGAUUCCUCACACGUUCGUGAAAUUGUUAUGAAGAAAGAGAAUGGAAUUGUCCGCGACAGGAUUGCCAUUUCAUCAUCCGAUGGCAAUUCGCUGAAUAACUGCUCCGUUCCGGGAUAUAAACAGCAAUUGAUCCGGAAAGCCGAGCCUCUUAUUGCAGAAGAGCCUCUAAAACCAUGGAUUACGUUGAAGAGAAAUAUAAAGAAUAUAAAGUACCUUCCAUCAAUGGCUGACAUUAGCUUCAAGCAAAGAUACGUAUAUGUAGAUGUUGGAGCCCGGAGCUAUGGCUCCAGCAUUGUGAGCUGGUUCAAGAAACAAUACCCAAAACAAAACAAGACAUUUGAAAUUUACGCGAUUGAGGCGGAUAAAGCUUUCCAUGAAGAGUACAGACACAAGAAACGGGUCACAUUGUUGCCUUAUGCGGCGUGGGUGAGGGACGAGACCUUGCUCUUCGAGGUUAAUCAAGACCCGGGUAGGGAGACAGGAAAAGGGAGGGGAAUGGGUAGGAUUCAGCCGGUUCAAUCAUCAGAUAGCAUUGGAGAUGUGGGUAAUGUUCAGGGAUUCGACUUUGCGAAUUGGUUGAAGAACACGGUAUCAGACAAGGAUUACGUGGUGAUGAAGAUGGAUGUGGAAGGGACUGAAUUCGAACUAAUACCCAGGUUGUUUGAGACGGGAGCCAUUUGUUUGAUCGAUGAGGUCUUUCUGGAGUGCCACUAUAAAAGGUGGCAAAAGUGCUGCCCCGGUGAGAGAUCAUCCAAGUAUGAAAAAACUUAUGGCCAAUGCUUGGAGCUGUUUACUUCCCUCAGAGACAACGGAGUUCUUGUCCAUCAAUGGUGGUGACCCCGGCAUCCAUGAUGCAAGCUCUAAAUCUAACACUAGUGCUUCCUUUCCGUUCUUUGAUUGUGUUUCUCUUUUCAUUUACAGUAGAUGAUUCUUAGUUUAUUUACCCUGAACAAACCAAAAAGAAGUAGUUUUUUGUUGUUGGUCUUCUUGUAGCCAAAGCUUUUUAUAUCAGAAGCCAUACCAUUGAAUUAAAAUUCAUCAUUCCAUCA